CUGCACUCUCUUCUCAGUCUUCCCCGUCGUUACAGUCUCAAAAGUCUCCACCAAAAGCAAAUAUCAAAAACUAUGGCUUCGGACCCUGACCCGGAGCCCCAUUCGGACCCCCAAACCCCGACGAUAACCGAUCCACUUACCAACGAGUUCGCCACCCUCAACGACCUAACCCACGACCUCGACUCGCUCAACGAGCUCGCUUCCCGCGGCUCGUGGCGCACGAUCCUCGACAAGGUCGCACGUGCGCGAGCCCUCUCUUUCCUCCGCAAGCCGCACGAGCACCUCACGUACCUCGCCUUCCACGUCAUCGCCCUCUCCAAACUACGCCGUUUCGCCGACGCCUCCGCCGAGCUCGACACCCUCGACGACCUCGACGCCGCUCACUACCUCUACCAAACCUACCCGAAUAUCUACCCGACCCGAUCCGGAUCCAUGGUCCCCUUCUCGCUCCGGUGGCUCCACGCUCUCCUCCCUAUCAAGCUCGGCAAGCGCCAACUCGGCCUCGACCGGUUCUACGCGCUCCUCGAUUUCGUUCGCUCGAAACUCGAACUCAAGGAUGGCAUUUCCGGAAAUAUCUGGAAAAAGCGGGAGGGUUUUGUAAUCAACUCCAUCAUCGGCCACCACUUGACGAACAAGGAAUUCUCAGUGUGUUUGAAUUUGAUUCACUUUUUGCUCAGCUCCGAUCCUUCGAACCCUGUCUUGAUCUCGAAGCUCGGUUACAUCCAAAUGCAAAUCGGCGAUUUGGAAAGCGCGAAGAGCUCGUUCAAUCGCGUGGAGUCGAUGGUGGAGACGGAGAGCGCGGUGGAGUUGAAGAACCUUGUGAAUAGGAACAAGGCGAUGGUGUAUAUGGUCGGAAAGGACUACGUGUCGGCGGUGAGGGAAUACGAAGAGUGCAUCGAGAGGGACCCUAUGGACGUGGUGGCGAUCAACAACAAAGCCAUUUGCUUGAUGUACCUGCGGGACUUGCCGGAUUCGAUCAAGGUUUUGGAGAGUGCGCUCGAGAGAGUUCCCACUGUGGCGCUCAACGAAACGCUUGUGGUGAAUCUGUGUAGCAUGUAUGAAUUGGCUUAUGUGAAUCACUCCGAUAUCAAGCGCACGCUCAGUAAUUGGAUUGCUCGUGUUGCUCCUGAUGACUUCGAUUCUUCGUGUACUCGGAUUUGAGGUAGUUUAUAAGCAUUGUUGUUAUUCAUUUUAUUUAAAUAUGUACAUGUGGAAUUGUAGGAGUAGAAUUAUUGUUAAUGUGAUUUCUAUUUUCAUAUGGUACAUUGUAUCUUUUACUUUGUGGUGUUGUUUUGUCGUAUCGCAAUUUAGCAUUAAGAGUAAUGAAUUUAUUGCAAUUUGCUAGUUAUGGAUUGUAAAAUUUAUUCUUGUGAGUA